AUGAAUAUUCGACCACCAAUUAAAAAUAAUUUAAAUGAACAAUUAAAAAUUUAUUAUGCUUAUCGAGAUGAAGCUAUACGAGAACGUUUGAAUAAUACGGAAAAUCGACCAUUACCUCAAUUCACUUUUCGUCAUAUUCCCAAUGAACCACCAAUUACUCGUCAUCAUACAGUUCCGUCACAAAUAUUACCUUUGAAUACAAAAAGAGAUUCAAUUUCUCUUACAAAACCAUCAAAUAAAAUAGAUGAAUCACAACAAAGCCCAACAACAAUGAAUGUCUCUUCAAUAUCAUCAUUACCAAUAAUGCAUUCAACUUUGAAUCAUUCCAUAUCACAUCCAUCAACAUCUUUAACGAUUGAUACAUCGUCUUCUUUGUUUUCUUUUUCUACUUCUUCUUCUGCUUCUUCUUCUUCUUCUUCUUGUAUAAAAACUGAACCAUCAAUAUCAAAUACAAUUUGUCCACUAUGUCAAAUACCAUUUGAUACAGCAGGUAUUCAUCGACCAGUGAAUGAUGCUUGUGGACAUACAACAUGUUUUCAAUGUUUUAAAGCAAAUAUGAUAAAAGCAACUGGAUGCAUUUUAUGUAAAAAAGAAAAAAAAAAAGAAGAAGAACUUCAUUCACAAUUAUCAUAUCAAAAUUAUGAUUCAACAUCUGAUAAAUUUCAAAAUUAUAAUCAAUCACAUAAUUUCAAUAAUUUUGAAGAUGCUUUUUUUGAUGAAUGGUCACUUGAUCAAUCAUCUUCUUCAAAGAAACCAUUAAAAUUAAUAAAAACUUUUGAUGAUAAUAGUAAUGAUUAUAAUGAUACAGGUUUUGAAACAUAUGAUCAUAUACCAUCAAUUGAUGAUGAUGAUGAAGAAGAACAAUGUGAUAAAGUAACAUGGAUAUCAGCUGAUGUUCAUGAUGAUGGACCAGAAUAUCGUGAUAAAGAUUUUAAUCAUACAAAAACAAUGUUAGAACGUUUUCAUGCUUUAUUUGGUUUAAGAAAAUUUCGAUCGAAUCAACAAGAAGCUAUUAAUUGUGCACUUGAAAGACGUUAUCAUCUUUUUGUUCUCAUGCCAACAGGUGGUGGUAAAUCGUUAUGUUAUCAAUUACCAGCUGUUCUUGAUCACGGAGUAACUUUUGUUGUUUCUCCACUUCGUUCAUUAAUUCUUGAUCAAACACAAAAACUUUUAUCAUUAGGUAUUCCAUGUGCUGCAUUAACUGGUGAUCGAACACCAGCUGAAGUAUCAGCAAUCUAUGCUCAAUGUUAUGCACCAGAAUCUAAACUUAAACUUAUUUAUAUAACACCAGAAAAAAUAGGACAAAGUGAUCAAUUAAAUAAAUUAUUUUCACAUCUUUAUGCAAAAAAUAAUUUAGCACGAUUUGUUAUUGAUGAAGCACAUUGUAUUUCUGAUUGGGGUCAUGAUUUUCGUCCGGAUUAUGUUAAAAUUGGUACAUUACGUGAUCGAUAUCCUCAUGUUCCAUUUACAUUAUUAACAGCAACAGCAACACCACGAGUUCAACGUGAUAUGUUUCAUCAAAUGAAAAUUGAAAGACAUUUAUCAAAAUUAUUUAUUCAAUCAUUUAAUCGAUCUAAUCUUGUUUAUAAAUGUAUUGCUAAAGGAAAAACUGAUGGAGCUUUAGCACGUACAGCUCAAUUAUGUUUAAGUGAACAAUUUGUUGGAAUGUGUGGAAUUGUUUAUUGUUUUUCACGUGCUGAAUGUGAAAGAACUGCUUCUUAUUUAACAAAAAGUGGUGUUACAGCACAAGCCUAUCAUGCAGGUUUAAUUGAUCAAGAAAGAACUGAUGUACAAACAAGAUGGGCUAAUGAUGAAUAUCAAGUAAUUUGUGCAACAAUUGCUUUUGGAAUGGGAAUUGAUAAACCAAAUGUUCGUUUUGUUAUUCAUUUAUCGAUGCCAAAAUCAAUUGAAGGUUAUUAUCAAGAAUCUGGUCGAGCAGGACGUGAUGGUGAACAAGCAUAUUGUUAUCUUUUUUAUAGUUAUCAAGAUUUGAUUAAAACAAAACGUUUAAUAAUGACUGAACAAUCAGCAGAUGCAACAAAUGAAGCAAAAAAAGUUCGAAUUGAUAAUCUUCAUCGUGUUUAUGCAUAUUGUCUUAAUAAUGUUGAUUGUCGUCGAACAUUAUUACUUGAAUAUUUUGGUGAACAAUAUUUAUCAAGUCAAUGUAAAAAAUAUAUUGAAACACGUUGUGAUAAUUGUUGUAGUGUUGCACAAACAAAAUUAGUUGAUUUUACAAUAUUAUCUAAACAUAUUAUUUCAUUAGUUGAUCAACUAACAAAACAAUUUAAAUCAGCAACUAUUAAUCAAGUUAUUGAUAUUUUAAAAGGAAGUAAACAAAAAACUAUUAAAGAUGCUGGACUUGAUAAAUUAGAACAAUUUAAUAUUGCAGAAGAAGUUUCGCGAACAAAUUUAGAACGUUUAUUAUCAAAAUUAAUACUUGAUGGUUAUCUUUAUCAAGAUAUAUCCAUAAAUGAUACAUAUGGUACUGCAACAGCUUAUAUACGUCUUGGAAAAACAAAUACAUUUUCUAGUCCAAUAGUUUUAUCUGUUUGUCUUAAAAAAGAAAAUCCAAACGUUUCAUCAACAAUAUCAAAUAAUUCUACACAUAAUCGUCUUCUUGAUGCAUGUCUUAUGAAAUUAAAAGAUGAAAUUAAACUAAUAUCAUCAGAAUAUAAUAUAAAAUAUUCAACAAUAUUAAGUGAAAAAGCUUUAAAACAAAUGUCAUUAACAAUGCCAAGAACUAAAGAAGAAAUGUUAAGAAAAACAGUUGAAAUGACAGCAAUAAAAUAUGAUAUGUAUAAAUUAGAUAGACUUUUAUCAAUAACUUGUCUAUUUGGAUCAAAAUUAGACGAAGAAAAAAGAGAAGAUUUAACAAAUGGUAGCCUUAAACGAAAACGUGAAACAACAACCACAACAAGUUCUUAUUUUCAAGAUAAAACAAAUAUUUAUUCAAAGAAAAAAAAAUGA